UCGCGCGCCCGGUGUCUCCCUCUCGCUGCCUCUGCAGAAACAGCUCCUGCCAGAGCGGCGCUCGGCGCGGCGCGGCGGGCCCGGAGCGGCGGCGGCGGCUCUUCCUGCCUCCGCGCCCAGGAGUUGCCGGCUCCCUUUGACAGCAGAGAGCCGGGCGGGGGCCUCAGGAGGACUCGCUGGGAGUGGGCAGGGGCGCCUCGGCCCCUGCCGGCCCAGGCGGGCCCCGCGCGCCCCCCGCCCCUCCUUUCCGCCUCUUCUUCUCGCCCUGCCUCUCCCGAUUUAUUUUUUCAAAUGGUGUAGCCGCCAGAGGUGCGGUGCUCAAUUCUUGGAAGGGGCCCGGAUGUACUGAGGAUGCAUUACAAUUUCACUCGAGGAGGCAGUAGUGGAAAGGAGCAGUUUUUGGGGUUUGAUGCCAUAAUGGGAAUCAGGUAAUCGUCGGCAGGGAAGAAGAAACGCUGCAGACCACGGCUUCCUCGAAUCUUGCACGAAAGCCGCCGGCCUCGGAGGAGGGAUUAAUCCAGACCCGCUGGGGGGUGUUUUCACAUUUCUUCCUCUUCGUGGCUGCUCCUCCUUUUAAAACCAUUUUUGGUCCAUGGUCAAUGAGAAUACGAGGAUGUACAUUCCAGAGGAAAACCACCAAGGUUCCAACUAUGGGAGCCCACGCCCCGCCCAUGCCAACAUGAACACCAAUGCGGCGGCGGGGCUGGCCCCUGAGCACAUCCCCACCCCGGGGGCCGCCCUGUCCUGGCAGGCGGCCAUCGACGCAGCCCGGCAGGCUAAGCUGAUGGGCAGCGCUGGCAAUGCGACCAUCUCCACAGUCAGCUCCACGCAGCGGAAGCGGCAGCAAUAUGGGAAACCCAAGAAGCAGGGCAGCACCACGGCCACACGCCCGCCCCGAGCCCUGCUCUGCCUGACCCUGAAGAACCCCAUCCGGAGGGCCUGCAUCAGCAUUGUCGAAUGGAAACCAUUUGAAAUAAUUAUUUUACUGACUAUUUUUGCCAAUUGUGUGGCCUUAGCGAUCUAUAUUCCCUUUCCAGAAGAUGAUUCCAACGCCACCAAUUCCAACCUGGAACGAGUGGAAUAUCUCUUUCUCAUAAUUUUUACGGUGGAAGCGUUUUUAAAAGUAAUCGCCUAUGGACUCCUCUUUCACCCUAAUGCCUACCUCCGCAAUGGCUGGAACCUACUAGAUUUUAUAAUUGUGGUUGUGGGGCUUUUUAGUGCAAUUUUAGAACAAGCAACCAAAGCAGACGGGGCGAACGCUCUCGGAGGGAAAGGGGCCGGAUUUGAUGUGAAGGCACUGAGGGCCUUCCGCGUGCUGCGCCCCCUGCGGCUUGUGUCCGGAGUCCCAAGUCUCCAGGUGGUCCUGAAUUCCAUCAUCAAGGCCAUGGUCCCCCUGCUGCACAUCGCCCUGCUUGUGCUGUUUGUCAUCAUCAUCUACGCCAUCAUCGGCCUGGAGCUCUUCAUGGGGAAGAUGCACAAGACCUGCUACAACCAGGAGGGCAUAGCAGAUGUUCCAGCAGAAGACGACCCUUCCCCUUGUGCGCUGGAAACAGGCCACGGGCGGCAGUGCCAGAACGGCACAGUGUGCAAACCCGGCUGGGAUGGGCCCAAGCACGGCAUCACCAACUUUGACAACUUUGCCUUCGCCAUGCUGACGGUGUUCCAGUGCAUCACCAUGGAGGGCUGGACGGAUGUGCUGUACUGGGUCAAUGAUGCCGUAGGAAGGGACUGGCCCUGGAUCUAUUUUGUUACACUAAUCAUCAUAGGGUCAUUUUUUGUACUUAACUUGGUUCUCGGUGUGCUUAGCGGAGAGUUUUCCAAAGAGAGGGAGAAGGCCAAGGCCCGGGGAGAUUUCCAGAAGCUGCGGGAGAAGCAGCAGCUAGAAGAGGAUCUCAAAGGCUACCUGGAUUGGAUCACUCAGGCCGAAGACAUCGAUCCUGAGAACGAGGACGAAGGCAUGGAUGAGGAGAAGCCCCGAAACAGAGGCACUCCGGCGGGCAUGCUUGAUCAGAAGAAAGGGAAGUUUGCUUGGUUUAGUCACUCCACAGAAACCCAUGUGAGCAUGCCCACCAGUGAGACCGAGUCCGUCAACACCGAAAACGUAGCUGGAGGUGACAUCGAGGGAGAAAACUGUGGGGCCAGGCUGGCCCACCGGAUCUCCAAGUCAAAGUUCAGCCGCUACUGGCGCCGGUGGAAUCGGUUCUGCAGAAGAAAGUGCCGCGCCGCAGUCAAGUCUAAUGUCUUCUACUGGCUGGUGAUUUUCCUGGUGUUCCUCAACACGCUCACCAUUGCCUCCGAGCACUACAACCAGCCCCACUGGCUCACAGAAGUCCAAGACACAGCGAACAAGGCCCUGCUGGCCCUGUUCACGGCGGAGAUGCUCCUGAAAAUGUACAGCCUGGGCCUGCAGGCCUACUUCGUGUCCCUCUUCAACCGCUUUGACUGCUUCGUCGUGUGUGGUGGCAUCCUGGAGACCAUCCUGGUGGAGACCAAGAUCAUGUCCCCACUGGGCAUCUCCGUGCUCAGAUGUGUCCGGCUGCUGAGGAUAUUCAAGAUCACAAGGUACUGGAACUCCUUGAGCAACCUGGUGGCAUCCUUGCUGAACUCUGUGCGCUCCAUCGCCUCCCUGCUCCUUCUCCUCUUCCUUUUCAUCAUCAUCUUCUCCCUCCUGGGGAUGCAGCUCUUUGGAGGAAAGUUCAACUUUGAUGAGAUGCAGACCCGGAGGAGCACAUUUGAUAACUUCCCCCAGUCCCUCCUCACUGUGUUUCAGAUCCUGACCGGGGAGGACUGGAAUUCGGUGAUGUAUGAUGGGAUCAUGGCUUAUGGCGGCCCCUCUUUUCCAGGGAUGUUAGUCUGUAUUUACUUCAUCAUCCUCUUCAUCUGUGGAAACUAUAUCCUACUGAAUGUGUUCUUGGCCAUUGCUGUGGACAACCUGGCUGAUGCUGAGAGCCUCACAUCCGCCCAGAAGGAGGAGGAAGAGGAGAAGGAGAGAAAGAAGCUGGCCAGGACUGCCAGCCCAGAGAAGAAACAAGAGUUGGUGGAGAAGCCAGCAGUGGAGGAAUCCAAGGAGGAGAAGAUUGAGUUGAAAUCCAUCACAGCUGAUGGAGAGUCUCCACCCACCACCAAGAUCAACAUGGAUGACCUCCAGCCCAAUGAAAAUGAGGAUAAGAGCCCCUACCCCAACCCAGAAGCUACAGGAGAAGAGGAUGAGGAGGAGCCAGAGAUGCCUGUCGGCCCUCGCCCACGACCACUCUCUGAGCUUCACCUUAAGGAAAAGGCAGUGCCCAUGCCAGAAGCCAGCGCGUUUUUCAUCUUCAGCUCUAACAACAGGUUUCGCCUCCAGUGCCACCGCAUUGUCAAUGACACGAUCUUCACCAACCUGAUCCUCUUCUUCAUUCUGCUCAGCAGCAUUUCCCUGGCUGCUGAGGACCCGGUCCAGCACACCUCCUUCAGGAACCAUAUUCUGUUUUAUUUUGAUAUUGUUUUUACCACCAUUUUCACCAUUGAAAUUGCUCUGAAGAUCCUAGGCAAUGCAGACUAUGUCUUCACUAGUAUCUUUACAUUAGAAAUUAUCCUUAAGAUGACUGCUUAUGGGGCUUUCCUGCACAAGGGCUCUUUCUGCCGGAACUACUUCAACAUCCUGGACCUGCUGGUGGUCAGCGUGUCCCUCAUCUCCUUUGGCAUCCAGUCCAGUGCAAUCAAUGUCGUGAAGAUCUUGCGAGUCCUGCGAGUACUCAGGCCCCUGAGGGCCAUCAACAGGGCCAAGGGGCUAAAGCAUGUGGUUCAGUGUGUGUUUGUCGCCAUCCGGACCAUCGGGAACAUCGUGAUUGUCACCACUCUGCUGCAGUUCAUGUUUGCCUGCAUCGGCGUCCAGCUCUUCAAGGGAAAGCUGUACACCUGUUCAGACAGUUCCAAGCAGACAGAGGCGGAAUGCAAGGGCAACUACAUCACGUACAAAGACGGGGAGGUUGACCACCCCAUCAUCCAACCCCGCAGCUGGGAGAACAGCAAGUUUGACUUUGACAAUGUUCUGGCAGCCAUGAUGGCCCUCUUCACCGUCUCCACCUUCGAAGGGUGGCCAGAGCUGCUGUACCGCUCCAUCGACUCCCACACAGAAGACAAGGGCCCCAUCUACAACUACCGUGUGGAGAUCUCCAUCUUCUUCAUCAUCUACAUCAUCAUCAUCGCCUUCUUCAUGAUGAACAUCUUCGUGGGCUUCGUCAUCGUCACCUUUCAGGAGCAGGGGGAGCAGGAGUACAAGAACUGUGAGCUGGACAAGAACCAGCGACAGUGCGUGGAAUACGCCCUCAAGGCCCGGCCCCUGCGGAGGUACAUCCCCAAGAACCAGCACCAGUACAAAGUGUGGUAUGUGGUCAACUCCACCUACUUCGAGUACCUGAUGUUUGUCCUCAUCCUGCUCAACACCAUCUGCCUGGCCAUGCAGCACUACGGCCAGAGCUGCCUGUUCAAAAUCGCCAUGAACAUCCUCAACAUGCUUUUCACUGGCCUCUUCACCGUGGAGAUGAUCCUGAAGCUCAUUGCCUUCAAACCCAAGGGUUACUUUAGUGAUCCCUGGAAUGUUUUUGACUUCCUCAUCGUAAUUGGCAGCAUAAUUGACGUCAUUCUCAGUGAGACUAAUCACUAUUUCUGUGAUGCAUGGAAUACAUUUGAUGCCUUGAUUGUUGUGGGUAGCAUUGUUGAUAUAGCAAUCACCGAGGUAAACCCAGCUGAACAUACCCAAUGCUCUCCCUCUAUGAACGCAGAGGAAAACUCCCGCAUCUCCAUCACCUUCUUCCGCCUGUUCCGGGUCAUGCGCCUGGUGAAGCUGCUGAGCCGUGGGGAGGGCAUCCGGACGCUGCUAUGGACCUUCAUCAAGUCCUUCCAGGCCCUGCCGUACGUGGCCCUCCUGAUCGUGAUGCUGUUCUUCAUCUACGCGGUGAUCGGGAUGCAGGUGUUUGGGAAAAUUGCCCUGAAUGAUACCACAGAGAUCAACCGGAACAACAACUUUCAGACCUUCCCCCAGGCCGUGCUGCUCCUCUUCAGGUGUGCCACCGGGGAGGCCUGGCAGGACAUCAUGCUGGCCUGCAUGCCAGGCAAGAAGUGUGCCCCAGAGUCCGAGCCCAGCAACAGCACGGAGGGUGAAACGCCCUGUGGCAGCAGCUUUGCUGUCUUCUACUUCAUCAGCUUCUACAUGCUCUGUGCCUUCCUGAUCAUCAACCUCUUUGUAGCUGUCAUCAUGGACAACUUUGACUACCUGACAAGGGACUGGUCCAUCCUUGGUCCCCACCACCUGGAUGAGUUUAAAAGAAUCUGGGCAGAGUAUGACCCUGAAGCGAAGGGUCGUAUCAAACACCUGGAUGUGGUGACCCUCCUCCGGCGGAUUCAGCCCCCCCUAGGUUUUGGGAAGCUGUGCCCUCACCGCGUGGCUUGCAAACGCCUGGUCUCCAUGAACAUGCCUCUGAACAGCGACGGGACAGUCAUGUUCAAUGCCACCCUGUUUGCCCUGGUCAGGACGGCCCUGAGGAUCAAAACAGAAGAGGGACCCAGCCCAUCAGAGGCCCACCAAGGGGCUGAGGAUCCUUUCCGCCCUGCAGGGAACCUAGAACAAGCCAAUGAGGAGCUGCGGGCGAUCAUCAAGAAGAUCUGGAAGCGGACCAGCAUGAAGCUGCUGGACCAGGUGGUGCCUCCUGCAGGUGAUGAUGAGGUCACUGUUGGCAAGUUCUACGCCACGUUCCUGAUCCAGGAGUACUUCCGGAAGUUCAAGAAGCGCAAAGAGCAGGGCCUUGUGGGCAAGCCCUCCCAGAGGAACGCGCUGUCUCUGCAGGCUGGCUUGCGCACGCUGCAUGACAUCGGGCCUGAGAUCCGACGGGCCAUCUCUGGAGAUCUCACCGCUGAGGAGGAGCUGGACAAGGCCAUGAAGGAGGCUGUGUCUGCUGCUUCUGAAGAUGACAUCUUCAGGAGGGCCGGUGGCCUGUUCGGCAACCACGUCAGCUACUACCAAAGCGACAGCCGGAGCGCCUUCCCCCAGACCUUCACCACUCAGCGCCCGCUGCACAUCAACAAGGCGGGCAGCAGCCAGGGCGACACUGAGUCGCCAUCCCACGAGAAGCUAGUGGACUCUACCUUCACCCCGAGCAGCUACUCGUCCACCGGCUCCAACGCCAACAUCAACAACGCCAACAACACCGCCCUGGGUCGCCUCCCUCGCCCCGCCGGCUACCCCAGCACGGUCAGCACUGUGGAGGGCCACGGGCCCCCCUUGUCCCCUGCCAUCCGGGUGCAGGAGGUGGCGUGGAAGCUCAGCUCCAACAGGUGCCACUCUCGGGAGAGCCAGACAACCAUGGCGGGUCAGGAGGAGACGUCUCAGGAUGAGACCUAUGAAGUGAAGAUGAACCAUGACACGGAGGCCUGCAGUGAGCCCAGCCUGCUCUCCACAGAGAUGCUCUCCUACCAGGAUGACGAAAAUCGGCAACUGACGCUCCCAGAGGAGGACAAGAGGGACAUCCGGCAAUCUCCGAAGAGGGGUUUCCUCCGCUCUGCCUCACUAGGUCGAAGGGCCUCCUUCCACCUGGAAUGUCUGAAGCGACAGAAGGACCGAGGGGGAGACAUCUCUCAGAAGACAGUCCUGCCCUUGCAUCUGGUUCAUCAUCAGGCAUUGGCAGUGGCAGGCCUGAGCCCCCUCCUCCAGAGAAGCCAUUCCCCUGCCUCAUUCCCCAGGCCUUUUGCCACCCCACCAGCCACACCUGGCAGCCGAGGCUGGCCCCCACAGCCCGUCCCCACCCUGCGGCUGGAGGGGGUCGAGUCCAGUGAGAAACUCAACAGCAGCUUCCCAUCCAUCCACUGCGGCUCCUGGGCUGAGACCACCCCCGGUGGCGGGGGCAGCAGCGCCGCCCGGAAAGCCCGACCUGUCUCCCUCAUGGUGCCCGGCCAGGCUGGGGCCCCAGGGAGGCAGUUCCACGGCAGUGCCAGCAGCCUGGUGGAAGCGGUCUUGAUUUCAGAAGGACUGGGGCAGUUUGCUCAAGAUCCCAAGUUCAUCGAGGUCACCACCCAGGAGCUGGCCGACGCCUGCGACAUGACCAUAGAGGAGAUGGAGAGCGCGGCCGACAACAUCCUCAGCGGGGGCGCCCCACAGAGCCCCAAUGGCGCCCUCUUACCCUUUGUGAACUGCAGGGACGCGGGGCAGGACCGAGCCGGGGGCGAAGAGGACGCGGGCUGUGUGCGCGCGCGGGGGCGACUGAGUGAGGAGGAGCUCCAGGACAGCAGGGUCUACGUCAGCAGCCUGUAGUGGGCGCUGCCAGAUGCGGGCUUUUUUUAUUUGUUUCAAUGUUCCUAAUGGGUUCGUUUCAGAAGUGCCUCACUGUUCUCGUGACCUGGAGUUAACCGGAACAGCGUCUUCAUUCAUUUCUGUUGGGACAAGACGCGGAGCCUGGGUGCGCGAGCCGCCCUCCGGGAGGAAGGCGCCCGGCUGCGUCUGCAGAGGCGGGGAGAGGAGGCGGCGAGGGUCCCGGGGCGCUAGGAAGGCGCCUGCCCUCUGCCAGCCCGCAGGCCCCGGGCCCGGCCACGCCUCUGCGGGGAGAGCUCCCCGGCUUCCCGCGCGCCCUCACCAAAAGGACCCUACAGCAAACGGGUGUCUUUCGACUCUGCUUGUAGAAACCAUUUGCACAUAUUCUGUACGAGCCUCGCUGUCUCCCUAGAGCCAGGGCCCUGCGGAUUUGGAGAAGGGAGCGGGGCAGGACUUCCAGGAGGACCCCGGCCCGGCCCGGAGAGGAGGAGGCCUCCAGGGGCGCGGAGCUUUGGGGAUGGGCGUCGGGCCGGCAGUGGUGCCGCUCACUCCGUCCCUGCCCACCUGCGACGGGAUCCCCCGACCGGCACGGGCCACGCCGAGCUCCCGGCCAGCCGCCGGCCCGCAGGCAGCGCGACGGAGGAGCUGCGCCGCUGGGAAGGGGCCGCCGGCUCCGCCCAACCAGGUGGUGCUGAGCUUCCGCUGAGCGCUCUUUUGUUUUGUGGUUUGACACUUUUCUUGACAGCAUGUUGCAGUUUCUUUUUGGUUUUGGUUUUUUUUUUUUUAAUGUUUUAUUUUGUUUUCCCAGGGGGAGGGGAGGAAGACGAGUGUUUACAAAGUCCUGUAGCCCCCUCACCUUUCUGUUUUCACUUUUGCCAAUGUACAUCGGGUUUGGUUUUCUUGUAUUAUUUAAACGGUUGUGGUUUCCUUUUUCCACGGAGGUUCAAUAGAAGCCGCUGCAGGAGAGUUUUACCAACCAUUGUGUAUGCCCAAUAAUUUGUUAUCAUUUCCUUAGGUAGUAACCUAUUUUUGUUCUGGUUUGGUUCGGUUAUCUAAUGGAAAGGUAACUGGCAAUGCACUUGAUGUGAUCUUGCAUAUGUGGGUGAUAGAGUUGGGUUCCUUUUUAUGCUGGGUGUACAGGUGGGUUUGGGAGAGAGGAGCAUGCGCGAGAGAGUCUCCGAGUGUGUGCGACGCGUGUGUGUGUGGUGGGUUGUCUGUGUGCAUACGUCCUGCCUGUGUAUAUGCACCCACACCAUGUGCCCGUGCACACCAGUGACUACGCAGUCCCCCCUUUCUGGUUUAGCUGUGGGAAGAUCUGAAUCUGGGGCCAUUUGAAAGCAAAAACAAACCACUGUCUCUGCUUCUGAAAUGGGAAUCAGUAACUCUUUGCAUUUUCUGUCCCACAAGAUAUGCAAAAACAAUGCAAUAAUAUUCAUUUAAAAAUACAAUUGUGAGUUGUGUUGGCAUUAAAACUGUAUUUUAAAAAAAGACACAGAAAUUUAAGGGAAAAACACAAGAAGGCAUUUUGCUUCAAUAUAUUCCGUGUAAUGUUUUAUUGCAUUGAUAAUGUUUCUGUUGAAGAAACCGUUAUACUUGAAUUCAGGUCAGUUUCAGUAUUUUUCAAAUAUUUUUUUAAAACUGAAUUGCAAUUGUGCCAAGCGAAUAUAAUGAAUUAAGUUGGUUUUCGGAUUCACUUCUUGUAUAUUUUGCUGCAUGUAAAGUAAAUCAUUUUGUAUUUGGAGUGUGACAAGCUUU